AUGCCUCCCAAAGGUCUUAGAUCCAGUGAGCAGCAGAGAAGAUGGGUACCUGUUUCGGCGAGCGCUGCCAGAAGCAAGGUUCUCGAGAAGCAGAACUCCGAGACCAAGGAGUCACAGGAGAAGAGCUUGCCCGACGAAGGCGGUUGCAAAGAGCCGGAUGGUCGUGGAUCUCGCGAGCAAGAAGUGCAGCCACGACAGAUGACCUUACUUUCGGAGCAUGCCAGUGAAGGGCAAAACUCGGAAGGAGUUGUCCAAGAAACAGCAUCUACCGAAGGGAUGGGAGGCUCUAACGGCCAUCUCACGGGUUCAGCCCGUUUCCCAAAGGCAAGCACCAAUGUGGGCACAGGCGUAGAUGUCGAUGCCAUUUCUGUUGGCCUUUUUGAGAGCUUUUACAGAGAGCGAAUCGAUGUCCAGGCCUUUGUUGCUCUCAUCCGACGUUUUUCGCACGAGAAUGAAAGCCAGCUGCGGCGCAUUCAUCAAAAAGUCGUGUUGCUUCUCAUGGAAGAUUUUCAGUCGCUGCCACACUGGCCUGAAAAAGAGCUUCUCCGGACCGGUGAGCUCAUGGGCCAACUCAUCCGUUGGAACUUGAUUCCAGAUCACGGCCCUUUGCAAAGGACAUUGUGCUGCAUGCUGCAUGCCCUCAAAGAGCCGGCGAAUAGCUUGCUGCACAGGUUUGGGCAUCGAGUACUUGAGCAAUUCAGGUCCAGGCUCGCGGACACCGACGUGGCUGCGAUGCUAGCCCGGCACAUCGUCCAACCCAGCCUUCGCCUCGAGGAUGAGGACCGCUGGGAGGUCAAACAGCGCUCAAUGCGCGCAACGCGCGUGCCGAUGAAUGGCGCUGUGGAGCAGCAAUUGCCGCGCACGAGCGUGAAUCAAACGCAGGUGGUCUCUCAGACCCUGCUGGCUAGCGUGCCAAGCAGUGUGCCAUUGCGGUCACAAGGCAUCCAAGCCGCGGGCGUGACGUGGAUGUUUGGCAGCGUUGCCAAGGCGCCACCACGCCAGCCGCCACGCCAGCCCAAGCAAGGUGCGACGGCGUGCGCGGAGGAGAAGCGAGAUCGCGAUGCACGAGGCAAGCAGAACAAGCGCAGUUCUGCAAGGAGGAAGAAUGCUACAAACCAGGAUCGUUCUGGCCAAAGCACAGUUUGGCCAACUUUCAUCGAGGUAGAACUCGACACGCUGAAGUUCUGCCUGACGGACGAGGAUGUGGAGGCUCGUGCGGAUACGUCUGCUCCAGUUCCUGCCAACGUUUCGGACGAACCUGGAGCCACUCCAACUGCUGCACAGGCAGCUGCAGUGAGCCACUGA